GUUGGCAGUAACCAAACGACUCGCACGCAGCUUACGUGUACGUAAAUUGAAGCAAAAGUGAUUUCAAUUCUGCAUUUUCAAGAUAUAAUGGAUAAAUUAGUAGUAUUUUUCCUUUUCGCAAUCAUAACUAACGUGUUAUGUAUGAGCGUAAGAAACAAGCGUCAGUCGAAUGAUGAUGAUGACGUUCUCGAUGACCGCUAUGGCUGGGAGCUUACCACCCGGCCUCCAAGGCAGUUCCCUGGGCAAGGAUUUUUCCCCGGUCUAUUCCCCGGCCAGGGUCAGUUCCCAGGACAACAGCAACGUUUAACUACGACUCGGGCUCCCAACAAUCUGGGCACCACCACAAUGUCGCCUGCAAUUCAACAAUGCAUUCGUAGCUGCCCAGUAACCGCUGAGUACAAUCCAGUUUGUGGCACUGAUAAUAUCACUUACAAUAACCCUGGAAGGUUGACGUGUGCUCAGGCGUGUGGAAUCAAUGUCAGCGUUCUCCGAUCCCUGCCUUGCCCCACUGCUACACAAGCUCCUACCACAACAUUCGCCAUACUGUUCAUUCAAGUCACGGACUGCUAUGAAUGGCACAACAGGAAAAACCAAGAUCACGGCGAUUGGUUUCACCACGGAUCGCGACAAUGGUCAACAAGGAGGAAAGAUUCCCACGAUUGGGGUUCGAGCGAGUCUGCAAGCAGCGAAGAAUCAGACUAUGGUGCUACACAUUAUGGGGGAGGAAAUCACAGGAACUGGCAACCUUGGGGACACAAUUUUCACUAUCCAUCUGGCCAGCAUGAACAUCGGUAUCGGCCCAAUUUUCAUGCAUAUGACUUGAACCUCAGACCGGAAUUCAAUGGAAAUAGAUUUAACAGACAAACGACUGCAACCGCCGGGUCUCCGGACAUCGAAGCCUGCAUCCGUAGUUGUCCUGUUACAUCAGAAUAUAAUCCUGUUUGUGGUACCAAUAAUGAGACCUACAACAAUUUAGGAAGAUUAAUGUGUGCUCAGCAAUGCGGAGUUGUUGUUGAAAUACAACGGAAAAGUACGUGCUCGGCAGCAAACGUCCCUACUGAAUCAUCGACAAGUUUCGACAGAGGAGAUGGUCUUCUACAGACUACUGAUGUCCCUGCCAAUAUCCAGCAAUGCAUUUCUUUAUGUCCUCAAUUAGAGGAAACGAGGCCUGUUUGUGCUUCAAACGGAGUCACAUAUAGAAAUCCAUCGGCAAUCGUUUGUGCUCAGAUGUGUGGACUUGACAUCAGAGCCACGAAGUUGUCAGCAUGCACAAUCGAUAAUCGAAAGCCCGUGGUCCAACAGCCACUGUCGCUCAGUACCCUGACAUGUAUUAAAUCCUGUCCCACCACCACUGAGAACAAACCAGUAUGUGGAACCAAUGGCGUGACAUAUCAGAACCCAAGCUAUAUACAAUGCAUUCGUAUUUGUGGAGUCAAUGUGGAGAUACAUAGAAGAGCUCCGUGCCCUUCAUCAGCCACUAAUGACGUUCAAACUACUGCAAUGCUGUCACCGGACGAGUUACUUUUGACUCCAGCAGUCCAAUUUUGUAUAAAGUCUUGUCCUGCGACAUCUGAAUUCAACCCUGUUUGUGGGACGAACUUAGUGACGUACAUGAACCCCAGUAGAUUGCAAUGUGCUAGAACAUGUGGAGUCAAGGUGGAGAUAAUGCAAAGACGAAAAUGCCCAUCGAUCGUAUUACCUAAUAGGGAGCCGAAUGACGACGGAAACAAUAAUAUUCCCUUGCCUAAUGUACCUUCUAGUACGGUACCUCCAUGGAAGCCGACGAUAGGAGAAUGCUUGGCCGCUUGUCCCCAAUCACAGAUAUAUGAACCCAUUUGUGGGACCAAUAACUUUACUUUUAACAAUGCGGACCAUUUGCUUUGUGCACAGUUAUGUGGAGUUGAUGUGCAAAUUCUACAUCAAUCCGAGUGUACCAGUGGCGAGGUUACUUCAGAGACAAUUCCGCCUCUGACGACCGUGUCGCCUGAUAAUCAACCAAACAAUAACGAAGAAACUACAGAGAAGCUUGUAGUACCUAUAAACGAAUCUUCAAGUUCUCCACCUUUCACUAUACCCUCUGAUAUAAUUAACAAUAUUUUCACUGAGCCCACUACGUUAGAUCCUACAGAAGAUAUUGAUCAAAGAUUUGGUGACAAAUAAAAAUUUGAACACAA